UGUGUGUGUGUGUGUAUGAUGGCCGAAGGAGGUGAAUCCCUUGAACUUUUCCCCCCUGCAAAAAAGACCAAGUCAGCUGUCUGGGAAUUUUUCGGGUACCGAAAACAUUCAGAUGGCCACGGCUUGGAGGAGGAAGGACAUCCAACAUGCAAGACAUGUUUAAAAAGAGUCUCUGCUAGAGGAGGAAAUACAUCAAAUAUGAUAGCCCAUCUACGGGAGCACCACCCAUCACGCUUCGCUAAAUUCAAGGGCAGCAGUAUCUCCAGCAGCAAAGGAUCAUCCACAUCAAAAGCUUCAACCGAUCAGCCCACAAUACAGCAAACAUUUGAAAAACAAAUUGCUUAUGCACCAAAAUCUAAGCAUGCAACAUCUAAGGACUUUUCAUAAGUGACUGCAUUAAAUUUAUUAAAGAAUAGUUAAAUUAUUUAUUUUCAUUAUUUAGCCUGACAUGUUUACUGUUCCGAAAUGUUCUAUGUUUCUUAAAAAUAAAAUAUAUUGUUCUUUAA